UUAGCUGAUGCACCGAGGAGGACUGUUGAGAUUACUGGACUAAAAUGUUGGGGCGUGUGGAAACCAGCGGUCCAGUUUCACGUCCACAUCUACCAGCUGGUUUGAUGGAAGGUGAGAAAACCAGAGCUUCCCUGUUGCUGUCCGGAGUCUUUGUGGCGAUGGUGGGUGUCACCUUCACAUCCAUGGGCUGGCAGCACUACCAAACCCUUCUCAGCUUCCAGUGGACCCAACUUCUGGGCCCCUUCCUGAUCUCAGUCGGGGGUACCUUCAUGCUCACCAGCGUCUGCAGGUUUAGUUGGGUGUCCUGCUGGACUCGCAGGCAACAGGAGGAAGAGAUAUAUGUUGUUCCUGUGCGGGAACAAAACUCCAGAGGUCACCUGGUUGUGGUUCAUCCCAUAAAUCAGCCGGUGAUGUUCCAGGGCGCCGCGACGAUGCUGUGUAUCCCACCAGCUUACGACCUCGUGACCCAGGAGGCACGACCACAAGACGAUCCCCGGCCCGGUAGCUCUGUGAGGGGCGGCAGCUCAGACCUUCUGCCUUCGUACGAAUCUCUGUACUGCUUGGACAACGCAGCGUUUGCGGCAGUAGACCGUACACCGCACAGCGCAGAGGCAGGUCACAGAAGCAGAGCACUGAAGACGGAAAGCGAAGGGGACGGGUCCACCUGUUCCGGACAACCACCUGCGUACGAAGACGUUCACCCUUCGCCUCCCAAACACGAGUCGGCUUAAAUGUCGGAGCAUCCGGUGGGCGACGUCAACGCUUACGCUGACGACGUUGUU